AUGCAUGGAGGAAUGAGUGAAGGAAAUGAGCGGAACAAAUUAAUCAAGCACACUUCAGAAGUUAUUGAGGAUAGUCUGUUGGAUGAUGUAGAUGAAAUAGAUCGCGCUGAUGAUCUAGAAGAAUUCGAUUCUGACUGUGAGCAUGGGAGCGAGGAAUCAGACUCUGACCGGGACUCGUGGAACGUUGACUACAAUGACUAUUCGAGUGGGGCUUCGGAUUCCGACCCAGAAAUAGAGCCUGAAUCAUCUGCAGCUCCUGUUGAAGCCAUUAGCAUCCAUCCUUCUGCGGAUUUUGGUACCGGGGAAAGCUCACUCAUGCCGGGUGGCUCAGAGAGUCCAGAACUAGACGAGAGUGUCAUUGCGAACGCCAAUGAAAUAGCAACUGAGAUUUUGUGCUCGGAGGUGCAUGAUUACCAAUGGAUUAAGUCGACUCUCGAUGAUGAAACGAUCAAAGACAUUGUAAACGACUCCCGUACAGAACCGUAUGACUACCUGCCCCGUAUUUUUUACGUGAACGAGGAGGACUUCAGCGCUUGGCUUGAACAGGAUAGUCUCGAUCAUUAUUUUGUUUGGAUGCGCCGUGUACAUCGAGAUAAUAAGGCAGAUGGCAGAAGCAAAUACUUUUAUUUUCAAACCCACGAAUGCCACCGUAACCAUGACUCGCGAGGCCAAAAUCGCGUUCAAACCGCUCAACAAGACUCCCCUCAAGACUCCUCUCAAGAUUCCCCUCAAGACCCUGGGCAGGAACAAGGAGGCGCGUCUUUAAGAAGAGCCAAAAAGUUGGAUGUAGAGCAAAGCUUCUAG